AACUGUCCCUUUAAGCCCAGAGUAAUGAGUACGUACUGGUGCGUGUAGACUAGAGGAAAUGUCGCCAUCUUAUGGUCGUUUCUAUAAUUAAUUACAUGCGAUGGAUAUUUGGUAUUCGUCAGACAGGCAGGCAUCUGCUGACCAUCCAUUUAAAAUCAACACUCACUGACUAUAAGCUGUGACUAUCUUUCUCUUUAAGUGAAGUGUUUCUAAAGUAUAUUAAAUUGAGAUUUUCAAUCAUUUUAGGAGUGUAUAUAAUCGAGAAAUCCUGCAGUCUCCUACUCCACACCCCUCGUGUCAGGUCAGUGAGUGACCAUUAAAUGAACACCUGUCCGCCUUCUUCUUUCAAGGAAAGACCUUUAAGGCAGGUACACACAGCAGUGAUCAUACUUGACCACACACACACAGGAACAGUUGCAGGGCUCGGAGGGUCGUGUGGUAAACGUCAUAAGCCUGUGGCAGCGCUGGAGCUGAGCGGAAACCCCUCCCGAAUCCCAACUCAACUCCUCCAACCCCAGUCAAAGAAAAGAGGAAUACCGAGGAAUCAGGAAACACGGACAAAUACCACAGUACACCAUUACACACAGUAACAAUGCAGACCUGAUCACCACAGCCUACUGAGCGAGCGAAAGAGAGAGAGAGAGAGAGACUGCGUGCCUUGCGUGUAAGAUGGGGUUCGGCCGGGACCUGAGGAACUCCCACGAGGGUCUGAUGAAGCUGCAGGACUGGGAGCUGAAGCUGCUGGAGACAGUGAAGCGCUUCAUGACCCUCCGGGUGAAGAGCGACAAGGAAUACGCAUCGCUCCUGAUCAACAUCAGCCAGCAGGUGGACAAGCACGACAACUCCUCUCAGAUCCACUAUGUCAGCCAUGUGUCCAAGUCGUGGACUCACAUGGUGCAGCAGACAGAGCAGUUGAGUAAGAUCAUGAAGUGCCAUGCUGAGGAGCUCAACUCAGGGCCUCUUCACCGCCUCACCAUGAUGAUCAAAGACAAGCAACAGGUUAAGAAGAGUUACCAAAGCCUCCACCAGCAGAUCGAGUCCGAGAUGAACAAGGUAACUAAAAGUGAUCUUGAGAGAUUGAAAUGCACCUACCGGCAGUUAACCAAGGACGCUGUUUUAGCAAGAGAAAAAUACAAGGACGCUGUUCUGAAAGGCAAAGAGACUGAGAAAGCCCGUGAGCGCUAUGACAAAGCCACCAUGAAGCUGCAUAAUCUGCACAACCAGUACGUGCUGGCGGUGAAAAGCGCACAGCUGCAUCAGGAGCACUACCAUGAGUUUGCACUGCCUCUGCUGCUGGACUCCCUACAGAAGAUGCAGGAGGAGAUGAUCAGUGCACUUAAGGGGAUUCUGGAGGAGUACAGUGAAAUCACCAGCCUGCUAACAGAUGAAAUCGUGAAGGUUCAUAAAGAAAUCCACACAUCCAUCGACCAAAUCGAUCCGCUGUCAGAGUAUGACAACUUCAUUGAAGUUUAUAAAUCACCAGAAGCCAAAGAACCUAAUGUAGAAUUUGAUGCAACACUAUUAGACGAAACCGAGAAUCUUCAAGCAAACGAGAUUCUGUGGAAUAAUUUGACAGCAGACAGCUUACAAGUAAUGCUCAAGUCCACCACAGAGGAGCUACUAAUAACCCAGCAGAAUCUGCACAGCAAAGAGGACCUCAUGCUGGACCUGGAGAAAAAAAUGGAGGAAUCUACCAAAGCUUAUGAAAAGAAAUCAGACGUGGUGCUGUUUCUCAGUCAGAGACAGUUUCUGGAGGAGCUCAGACAGACGGUCCAGCUGCUGCGCUGCUCGGAGGCCAAACUCAUGGCACAGAGAGAACUGCUGGAGCAGAAGAUGCAGGAGAACGAGGGCAAAGAGCCACCACCCGUCGUCAAUUACGAAGAGGAUGCCCGCUCCGUCAACUCAAUGGUAAUGCACCACUUGGAUAAAAGCAAAGACAGGAUAUCAAAGUUUGACACCCUCAGACACUCCAUCGCUGGAAUCAUCCGCUCGCCCAAGUCUGUCCUGGGCUCUUCGUCAUUUUUCGACGUGAUACCCACCAGUGAGAAGCCACUGGGCGAGCAGGAGUGGUAUCAUGGUGCCAUUCCCAGGACAGAGGCGCAAGAGCUACUAAAACAACAGGGAGACUUUCUGGUGCGCGAGAGCCAUGGCAAACCUGGAGAAUACGUGCUGUCUGUGUUCUCCGACGGACAGCGCAGACAUUUCAUCAUUCAGUUCGCUGAUAAUCAGUACAGAUUUGAAGGCACAGGCUUCCCCACCAUCCCUCAGCUCAUAGAUCAUCACUACACCACUAAACAAGUCAUCACCAAGAAAUCUGGGGUCGUGCUCCUGAACCCUGUCAUAAAGGAUAAGAAGUGGAUUCUCAAUCACGAGGAUGUCAUUCUCGGAGAGCUUCUCGGCAAAGGAAAUUUUGGUGAGGUUUUUAAAGGAACGCUACGCGAUAAAACACCGGUGGCUGUCAAAACUUGUAAAGAAGAUCUACCGCAAGACCUCAAGAUAAAGUUUCUCUCAGAAGCCAGGAUCCUGAAGCAGUACGACCACCCUAACAUUGUGAAGUUAAUAGGCGUCUGUACCCAACGGCAGCCCAUUUACAUAGUAAUGGAACUUGUGCCAGGUGGAGACUUUUUAUCAUUCUUAAGGAAGAAAAAGGAAGACCUCAAGACAAAGCAACUUGUAAAGUUUGCAUUAGAUGCUGCUGGAGGAAUGGCAUACUUGGAGCUAAAGAACUGUAUACACAGAGACCUGGCUGCUCGCAACUGCCUCGUGGGAGAGAACAAUGUGCUGAAGAUCAGUGACUUUGGGAUGUCCCGACAGGAGGACGACGGCAUCUACUCCUCAUCAGGACUGAAACAGAUCCCAAUCAAAUGGACCGCACCAGAAGCACUCAACUAUGGGAGAUACAGCUCAGAGAGUGACGUGUGGAGUUACGGAAUCCUCCUGUGGGAAACCUUUAGUCUAGGAGUGUGCCCCUACCCUGGCAUGACCAACCAGCAGGCCCGAGAACAGGUGGAAAAAGGUUACAGGAUGUCCUGCCCGCAGAAGUGUCCGGACGAGGUCUACAGGGUCAUGCAGAGAUGCUGGGAGUACAAGCCAGAGAAUCGUCCCAAAUUUGCCGACAUUCAGAAAGAACUGGCCGCCGUCAAGAAAAAAUAGCCUUUUAUGGAGGAGCUGACUGUAAAGGCCGAACUCAUACUUCACAUCCAGGUGAUCCCUAAUCUGCAGAAAGAAACACCAGGAACGUUUCGCCCUCAGAAUCUCAUGCAUUAUUGUACUAAAGAGAGAGUACUCGGUCACAAAAUCACUGUGUGAACUGCCUGCGCACCAGCUGUUUUGAGCCAUUAGCAUGGAGAGAGAUAGAGCUCUCCGCUUUGCUCUGAUGUCAAAAUUAUGCAGAUUCUCCCUUUUUUUUAUUGUUUUGCUUUUUGUAACUGAGCAACAGUUAAGCUACGACAGACAGAAGGUAAGAUACAUGAGGUGUAUUCAGUUUGCCGUCGAGUAUUCCAGUCAACGUACCAGUAAAACGAGGGAUAGUUCACCUUAUAAAAGGUGCUUUCUGACCUAAAUGACUUUUAUGCCUGUGGAACACAAAGAAAAAUGGCUUUUUUCCUUAUUUUUCUUUGUUUGUUUUGUGUUUGGCAAAUUUAAAAGCCUUCAGGUUUGGAACUGUAAACAAAUGAUGACAGAUUUUUCAUUUUCAGGUGAACUAUCCCUUUAAAAUAGAGAGAUGAAUGUCUGAAAAUGGACUUUUUGUCCAUUUAGAAAAUCAAAUUUUUUUUUUUUAGAAUCCUAAACUUGUUUGUCGGUUUGGGCAGUUUUAUAGUUAAGCCAUUUUAUGUUUGUUUUAUGUUCUUCUAGAAUUACAGAACCCAAAAUGUACAGAUAUUUACAUAAAAUAACUCAUCAAUUAAGACUUUCCGAGAGUUACAUUCCAACUCAUCAAGCAAUGAGACCAAAUUCGUGAUACAUUUACCCAAGUGCAAUUUUUUUGAUCUCAUCAGCAGCACAGAUGUCAUACUCCAGUCAGGGAGCCUUAAAGUAAAACCCAGACACACAGUACUGCCGGCCUGCUUCAGACAUGGACAAUGCAGCAAUCUACAGUUUACAAAGUCUACUUCCAAAUCGCAUAAUACUGCAACCACUCGCCUCUUCAGCUGAUAGUUCAGCCAAAAAAUGAAAACGCCCAUCAUUUACUCAAUCUGUAUGAUAAAACGCUGAAUGGAGGCACUUACGGAAUCUUCACGAAACAGUGAAAGUAUAUGAGGACUAAAAUGAAAUCUUCAAAUAUAAUGAGCUGCUUCAUAACAGUGUUUUAUAUGACUUUUGCUGUAACUUUGAAGUCAUUAAUAGAUUUUCACUGAUGACUUUCAUUUAAAUAUUGUACAUGCAAUAUUAAAGGGUUAGUUCACUCACAAAUUACAACUAACUGUUAUUAAUUACUCAUUUCAUUGCCCUUCCAAACACCUGAGACCUCCGUUCAUCUUUAGUACACAUUUGUUUUUUAGACGAAAUCCUGGAGCUGUCUCAUCCUCUAUAACAGCAAGUCAAGAGGCCUAAAAAGUCCACCUGAGACCUCCGUUUAUCUUCAGUGCACAAUUUAUUUUUUUUAGAUGAAGUCCUGGAGCUCUCUCAUCCUCAAUAACAGCAAGUUUAGAGGCCUUAAAAGUCCAGAAAAGGAACAAAACACAUUGUCAAGAUAUUCCAUGUGACUUCGGUGGUUGGAGUGUAAUCAAAAAAGCUACAAGAACACUUUUGGGCACCAAAAACCAGUAAAUAUGUCUUUGUUCUUCUUUAUCUAAAGUGUGUGUAGUGAUUAACACAGAUACUUAUCUGAUGAGGAAGACAUUGGCGAACAAAGCUGUUUUUACAGUUAUGUUUUGGUUCCUUUUCUGGAACAUCUCUGUCCUUGGAGAGCUCUCGGAUUUCAUCUAAGAUAUCUUCAUUUAUGUUCUAAAACUGAACAAAGCUCUCUGGAAUUUAGAGCAACACAAGGAUUAGUCGUUAAUAAUAGAAGCUUCAAUUUUGGGUGAACAAACCCUUUAAAAGGAAAGCUUAAAAAUCAAAUUGUGCUAUUAGUUCCUUCAGGCCGUCUAAGAUGCAGUUUUGUCCUUGAGUUGACCACUAAAGGAGAUCUGAAACUAGUUCUUGGUGAUUCAUAAAAUGGCUGGCACUUUGAGAGUCAGAAAACUAUGAAAAUGCAUAACAAAACUAAUAUCUACCCCAUUCAGAUUCACAUCGUCUUCGUAUGAACUAAAACAGUUGAUCUGUGCAAGAAACACUAUUUAGAGAUCCAUAUUAUUUUGAAUUCACAUCCUUGGCAAAUGGUGUUGAGUGUGUUUGCAAGAAGAUGUGGGUUAACUAGUUGUAUGAUUGAGGAAACCAAUUCAUAUUUGGUUUAUUCUUGGUCUUAGACUGUAAAAAAAAAAAAAACAAGGUUCCACACAAUUCCUUUAUGUUGUCUCAACACAAACUGAUCAAGUGAACUUAAUCAUUUUUACAAAUUUAAGAGGGUUGAAAAAAGAACAUUUGAGCUUAUUUUAAAUAAGUAGUACAUUUUUUUCCAAAUUUCAUUUACAAAUAUUGUAAUUUACUUUCGUUUUUUUGCCUCCGAAAAUGACGAGUGGUUAAAAUCACGUUUACAUUUGUUGUUCAUUCAUUUGUUGAGUUAUUUCACAAAAUAUUGAGUUUUUUUAAAACUGUUCUGAAUUUAAAACAUUAAUAUUGUGUUGCCUAAAUAUCUAUAUAAACAUGAACACUGCACCUUUCUGUCAUUUAGACCCAUUGUCAUUUAUUGUCAUUAAAUUAGCUGAAAUGUUUAUAGUGGUUCACAGAAUUGACAUUUUGCGUGUACACAACUACAAAUCUAGAAUAUUCAAGCGAUCUCUGUCUUCCAUAGCUAAUAUUUAAACAGACAAAAAGUCAUUGGUUUCUUUUAUGUAGGCUUUACAACACAUGAUAAACACAAGUAUCAUUCUGAUCAACAACAGAACAUCUGUUUGGAUGUAGUUUUCCUUUUGUUUUACUCUCAAAAGUGUUUCUAACAAUUGACUUGCAUUUUAUCGUUCACAAAAGCACCUGUUUCCAAGUUUCAUCCACAAAUAUUGUGUUCUAGUUGAGUUUUUUUGUCUUGAAUGAACAAAUGAAAACAUAAUUUUCUAAGUUAUUUCACUAAAUAUUAAGUUUUUUGAACUGUUUUAAAGAUAAAACUUUGACAUUGUGUUGCCUAAAUAUGAACAUAAAGAUAAAAACACUGCACUUUUCUGUCAUUUAGACUUAUUGUCAUUUAAAGUCAUUAAAUUAGCUAAAAUGUUGACAGAAUGAACCAAAUGACAUUCUGCUAGAACACAGCUAUAAAUCAUAAAUCCAGAAUAUUCUAGUGUUCUUCCACUGCUGACACUUUAAACAGACAAAGUCUUUAUUUUGCUUUAUAUAAGCUUUAGAAGACAGGAUAAGCACUAGAACAUAAUCUAAAACAUAAUCUAUUUGUAUGAAGUUUUCUUUUUGUUUUUCUCUCUGUUUCCAUCCAUUGACUUGCGUUGUAUCAAUCACCAAAGCACCAGUUUCAGCCUUCAAAAUAUUUCAGCCUUCAAAAUAUUUUACUGUUAUAUUUUAUAUCUACUAAAAAAGUCAUCUACAUUUCGGAUGUCCUGAGAGUGAAUUAAUAGCAGCUUCUGCGUGAACUAUCCCUUUAAGAUUCACACAAGUAUGUGAUUUUUUUUUUUAUUUCACCUCUGAAGAAAUAUUUUCAGCAAAUAACUACGUAAAUUUUUGGCCGUCAAACUGUUCAAUCGACUAUUCACAUUUAAAAUUUGAGAGUCCCAAUUUCUCUUUACUUCCACUGUAUCAAAUAGAUGAAAGAUUGAAGAAAAAGAGCAGAUGAUCACAGCGUUUUCAUUUUUGGCUGAACUUUCCCUUGAACAUUUACAGACCUCAGAAAGAGCAACCAAAAGUAUGAAUCGUGUUUGUUUUUAUUUGUAAAGAUCAGGUUUCUCACUCAAACAACACUUGAGUUCUAAUAGAUUAGAAUUUCACACAAGUAUUAUAUGUUCGGUUGGUCGGUGGUGUGUUUUUGUAUUAAGACUUUUUCCAGGUUGUUUUCUGCCAUUUUUGUCAGGUGCCAUUUUCCCUUUGCUCACAAGUUCUAAGAGCUGAAAUGGACAAGUCUUCGCUCUCACCAGCAACGUUGUGUUUCCAGAGUCACAUAAAUAUGUCAUUCCAUUUACCCAAAUAAAAAAAUGGAAUAGUG